AGUAACAACCAAGGAAUAGCUAUGAAUUUUGCUGCACAAUUUCUCUGCUCCAGGGCUUUUAAGAAUCGAACUCCCAGGGAACGCUUCAGAGAAGAGGAAGAAUAUGAUCCUUUCUGGCAAAGGUUGGAGAAUAUUGCCAUGUGACGUAGACCUAGAGUGUUGGUUUCUCCCCCUUAGGAAUUAUGGACAGUUCUAGGAUUGUACCUGGGCCCAGGCCACUUGCUGUCACCUCCCCUGGAUCCUUCCUGCCUCCUUAUGGUGCAGUAGUUGGAGUAUUGCUUCACUUCUUUGUGUAUUUCGUUGCUGUGCUUUAUAGCUGUGCAAAGAAGUUAUUCACAGACAAGGACGAAAGUAAAGUGAGAAAACGGGAUGCCCCCACACACUGUGAACUUCAUUGCUGUAAGGAUGGGCCAGUAAGAAAUGGCCAUAUUGGGCAGCAGUCACCCUCCAUCAAUCCUGAGAGACUGAAAGAUUUUGGAGAGGAAGACUACCUAAAUGGGGGAGUGAAAACUUGGGAAAUGAAGAUAAUUAGCCAUAAUGAGGAACUAUUAAGAGACUCGGUCAUCCACCCCGGUCGGAAUAGCCCACCAGCUUUCAAUAAAUUUAUUAGAUUUGAAGAUAUCAGUGCAGCAGCUUUCAAAAUCCAGUGUGGAGUCCAGAAAACACCCUGUAUGUAUUCUAGACUUUCAAAACAGUAUGGAAUGGACAUAUAUCUAAAGAAAGAGUUUCUUCAGUACACAGGAUCUGUGAAGGAGCGGGGUGUGCUGCACCUUCUGAUGUCUUUAAAACAGGAUCAGCAAAGGAAAGGUGUGAUUGUUGCCUCGGACAGUAACUUCUCCAUGGCAGUAGCAUAUCAUGCCUCAGAGCACCGCAUUCCUGUGUUUGUCAUCAUGUCCACCAGCACCUUACCUGCUAAAGUUAAAAUGUGCCGGGAGUAUGGUGCCAUGGUCAUCUCCUAUGGCUCUACAGCCAGAGAUUCUCAGUUGCAUGCCAAGAGGCUGGCACAAGAAAAUGGCUACUUGUAUCUUGAAGAAGAAGACAGUGCUGUCUAUCUAUCGGGGCUGGGGACCAUGGGACUGGAAAUCUAUGAACAGGUGCCAAAACUGGACGCAGUGAUCUUUCCAGCAGGGGCCCACUGUGGAUUGUUGGCGGGCUCAGCUGCUGCAUUGAAACAUCUGAACCCACAUAUUUCUGUGAUUGGUGUGGAAUCUGAGAGUUUCCCUGUAUUGCAACAAUCGUUAAAGAUUGGACACCCUGUUGAAGAUCAGACCCACAGCAACCAUCAGUUUUACAGAGAUGUGAGUGGACCUUGUUUUGGCACCAAUUCUUUGCAGUUGACUGGGAAAUUUGUUGAUAAGGUUGUGACAGUGAGAGAAGAGGAUAUUCUAAUUUCCAUGCUGAGGUUGCUGGAGUAUGAGCGUGCCACUGUUGAUGCAGAAGGCGCCAUUGGAGUUGCUGCUUUGGUCGCUGGAAAAUUGCCUGAAUUAAAGGGCAAAAGAGUGGCUGUUGCAGUGUGUAGUGGUAAUCUGGAACUCCCCUUGAUGCGGCAGUGCAUGAAUCGUGCCCUCACCCUUGACAACAGAGUGUGCAAAUUUGCCAUCCUGAUCUCUGACUGUCCAGCAGAUAUUUCAAAGCUACUGGAGAUCUUGGCUCGGGAGGAAGCAAGAGUAUUGGACAUCAAACAAGAACACAUGUACAGGACAUCUGAUCUGUUCACCAGUGAGGUCACUUGUAUUGUAGAAACCAGAGACAAAAUCCACACAGCUCAGCUAAGAAAUGCCCUCAUAGACCGCUACCCAAUGAUGACAUGGAUGGAACGGUGAUGAGCACAGCGACUGAAAAGAAUCAAUAUUUUCUUUUUUAUCUUGAAGGUCUACAGGGAACUAAAUCUAUGGUAUUGAUAGAUUUUUAAUCUUGUAGAAUUAAAGAGUUAGGAAUUACCUGUAGAAGUUCUCUAUCUUAAUCUAGCAAAAAAGGACAAACACUUGUCCUUUACAGUGCAGAUAAAUACACUUAUUAAAUUAGUUCAAGGGUGCUUUCAGAAUCUGCAUGUUUUCGACUGUAAUCCCUCUGCUUUGUAUUAGCUUUGCAAUCCCCGCCACUGCAUGACCCUGCCCCACUAUUGCCUUCAGCAUUAUAUAAUUGAGUCUUCCUGAUGCAUAGAACCCUAUGAUGUAUAGGAAGUAAAUUCUAGGAAGGAACCUUUUCAGUUCAAGUAAAAAUCUCUCUUCUGCUGCAUGCCCAGAACUAUUGUAGAUAAUGGAUCCUGUUCCUGAAAAUUAGUUACAAUUGCUUUGCUUCAAGCCAAAAACAUUACAUCCAGCCUUGCAAUAAGUUACUAGUCAUUAUUGGCCCACCUGUCCUGUUAGUUGUUUGUGGCACUACUUGAAAAGAAAAAGAACCUAUGCUCUUGAGCCUUUUUGUUGUUGCAAGUAUUAAACUGGGAGUCAGACACCCAUGCUGAUUUACUGUAAAUCAACAAGAGAGCUAUCCCAAUCUUCAUUAUGCCCAUUUGUGAUCUAGGUUAUGAUUCACUUCGGUAGUAUGUCCAAUGGUUUAUAGUCUCUCCCUCACCAGCAUUGCAGCCUCAAGUGGUAGAGCAGUAUUUUCAUUUUGUUGAGAAUCGAGAAUUGAGGCUGAGGGACAGGGACAGGGACUCCCCACAGGUUCCCCCACUGAAUCUAUGGAUGUCAAUUUGUACUAUGGUGUCUCAGGGCCAUCUUUAAUUCUCUGUCCAUGGACCAGACAUAAUCAUGUAAUCCCGCUGUUAAAAUGUUUUACCUUGCUAAUUGAGCAAACCCACAUAUUUAAAAUGGUGAUUUUCAUUAUUGAGCAGGGGGAAAGCAACUGGCCCUGUCCAACCCCAGCACAGCAUCCCUCCAUUGGCUCUUGCUGGUGUCUCUCAUGUUUCUUUUUAGAUUGUGAGCCCUUUGGGGACAGGGAUCCAUCUUUAUUUUUUAUUUCUCUAUGUAAACAGCUUUGGGAACUUUUGUUGAAAAGUGGUUUAUAAAUAUUCACAGUAGUAGUAGCAGCAUAGUUUUUUGUUUUUUUUAAAAAAACUUUCAAUAAUAAAAUGGUGUAUUUUGGCUAGAA